AUGAAGGGUGUUGCUAUCAUUUCCGGUCUUUUGGCCAGCACUGUCUCCGCUCACAUGCAAUUGAGCACUCCAUACCCCAUCCGAAGCCCUCUGAACAAGGACGCCAAGGGACAGAAGGAUUACUCGUACACCAACCCUCUGUCAAGCUCUGGCAGUGACUACCCUUGCAAAGGAUACGCCAAGGAUGACUUCGAGGCCGUCGCAACCUGGGCCCCCGGCUCCAAGCAGCACAUGGAGUUGGAAGGCAGCGCCACCCACGACGGUGGAUCAUGCCAGCUCGCUCUGACCUAUGAUCAGGGUGAGACUUUUAAGGUCAUCGAGUCCAUCGAGGGUGACUGUCCCAUUGAGAAGAAGUACGACUUCGAGAUCCCCUCCGAUGCCCCGGCCGGUGACGCUCUCUUCGCCUGGACCUGGUUCAACAAAGUCGGAAACCGCGAGAUGUACAUGAAUUGCGCCAUGAUCACCAUCGGUGACUCCGGUGACCGCACCGCCAAUGCCACGGAGGCCGAGAAGCGCGACGAGAUGGAGGCUCCCAAGCACAUGGCUGAGACGAAGCCCAACAUGAGAGAGCAAGGCAAGAACCUCAACGCUGCUCAGAGCAGCUUUGACAGCCUCCCUGAUCUUUUCGUCGCCAACGUCAAGCAAGAAGGCGAAUGUGUUACCAUCGAGGGCGAGGCUGUCCACUUCCCCAAGCCCGGUCCUAAGCUUGUUGGAAAGGCCGAAGGUCCUGGCUUCAAGUGUUCUUCGAAGGCUCCCUUCCUGUCCGACAACUCUACUUCGUCGGAGAGCACCAAAGAGGAGACCGAGGAGGAAUCCCCCAAGCAGGAAUCGCCCAAGAAGCACUCCAACAAGACCAGCAACAACAUGUCCAAGGUUGCCUCUGCUUUCGGCACCCCUGCCCCCUCCGCAGACCCUCGUGUUCACAGCACCGAAGCGUCCACCAACAACCACUUCGGCCACUACGUUGCCCACUUCCAAUGCCACGAUGGCGAGCUGCUUUGCUCCCCCGAUGGCUACACCUUCGCUCUUUGUGACCAUGGCCGCCCUGUCUUCAUGGGCUCUGUCGCUGCUGGCACCAUCUGCCGUGCAGGUGAAAUCAUCGCUGCCCACUAA